GCGCAGAAGUGGCGAGUCGGGGGGUGGGUGGGGGGUGUGUACGUCAAACUGAAAGAAGCCGGCAUGGACGGAAAAGGCACCCUGAAGAUGUUCAGGAAGAAAAGAGAACUCAUCAAGACUCCGUCCAUCUCCAAGAAGAUCCGAGCGGGAAGUCCCGGUCCGCAAAGCGCCGCGCCGGCGCUGACCAUUCUCCAGGAGCAACCUCGCAAAGAUGCUGGUGAUGUCACCCUCUCCUCAUCACCGGCCUCUUCUUCCACGCUCACCCCAAACAUGGCGGGGCAACAGGACGCCUCCUUGUCCUGCCCAGGUACCCCGAGCACCCAGCACAGUAAGAUGGCAGCAAUGCAGGGUGCGGGAUGCCAGCCAUCCACCCUGAAGAGACCGACGGCCCUCAGCAGACAUGCCAGUGCUGCAGGGUUCCCGUUGCAGUCAUGGGUGUUCACUAAAGGCCACGGGAAAGGAGCCCUCACGCCGACCACUCCAGUGGAGAGUCCAGAGAGCACAGCCAUUGAGGUUGAGGACAUCCCGGCCCUGCUGAGGGACGUGGCGCACUUUGCUGAAGCAGUGGAGAAACUGAAGGAUGUGGUGCUGGCUGAAGGUAAGGAAGGUCAGCGGCCCGCGGCUCACGAGUGUUUGGGGGAGGUGCUGCGUGUUCUCCGCCAGAUCAUCAACACCUACCCGCUGCUCAACACUGUGGAGAUCCUCACCGCUGCCGGCAAACUCAUAUCCAAGGUCAAAGGUUUCCACUAUGAGGCCUGUAACGAGGCAGAUAAGAUGGAUUUUGAGAAGGCCAUCGAGACCAUUGCUGUUGCUUUUAGUAGCAAUGUAUCUGAGCUGCUGAUGGGUGAGGUGGACAGCAGCACCCUGCUGUCCCUGCUGCCCACAGAGAAGAGCAGGUCAAUGGAGAACUUAUAUACCAUGUCGGCCCAUGGGGGAGAUGGCGGUAACUUCAGGAGUGACCUGCAGGACAUGGGAAAAGGUGAAGAAGUGGACGUGAUCCUCCAACGCAGUGAGGGCGGGGUGGACUCUGCCCUACUCUAUGCCAAAACCAUCUCCAAGUACAUCAAGGACCUGAUCAGUUAUGUGGAAAAGAGAACAUCUCUCGAGAUGGAGUUCUCCAAGGGCCUCCAGAGACUCUACCAGUCCUGCAAACACAACAUAACACAUCCCCACAUGCCCUUCUUCUCCAUCUACUCACUGGCUCUGGAGCAGGACCAGGAGCAGUGUGUCGGGCUGCAGCAGGCCAGUGCUACUCUGCACAACCAGACAUUCAUCCAGCCGCUGAUGCAGCGCAAACAUGACCAUGAAAAAAGACGGAAGGAAAUCAAGGAGCACUGGAUUCGCGCACGAAGAAAACUGAUGGAAUGUGAGGCAAACCUGCGGAAAGCUAAGCAAGCCUACAUCACUCGCUGUGAGGAGUAUGACAAGGCUAAAACGGCAGCUUGUCGUGCUGAGGAGGAGGUAGGAGGAUCCACCGCCAAGGUGGUGGAGAAGAAGAAACGCCUGGAGGAAGAGGCUCGCAACAAGGCAGAUGAAGCAGAGGCCACCUACAGGACCUGCAUUGCAGACGCCACCACUCAGCAGCAGGAGUUGGAACACACAAAGGUCACAGUGCUGCGACAGCUGCAGGAUGUCAUCAAACAGAGCGACCAGACACUCCGCUCGGCGACCAUCUCCUACUACCAGCUCAUGCACAUGCAGACCGUGGUCUUGCCGGUCCACUACCAGACUCUGUGUGAGAGCAGUAAGCUGUAUGACCCGGGACAGCAGUACGCCGCCCACGUGCGAGACCUGCAGCUACCAGAGCAGCCCUGUGUUCAAUAUACGUUUGAGGCCUACUCCCCCUCCAGCACAGCAUCCACACAAGUGGGUCACAGACCGAGGAAUGACAGUUUCAACACGGAGCUGGUGAGCCAAACAGACAGUCCUGUCAUCAGCGUGGAACCAGGAGUGGGUGACGCAAGAGACGCAGAGCAACAGCGGAAGAGGCAGGGUCACAAGUCAUGGGGUUCAACUGUGAGUGAUGACAGCAUUGGAGAAGGAGGCCUGGAGUCUCCUACCACUAGCUCAGGUGACAUUAGUAAAAUUGCUCGGACCUCAUCCACUGGAACGAUUUCCUCCAAUGACGAUGCGGAUGAAAAAGAUGGAAAUGUAACCAGCUUUGAAACUCCAAAUAUUAACGGCAUGGACCCAGACGUGGUCGUGUCCACCAGACAGUUCAGGAACAUCGGCCUGUCCAAAGCGGCUCAGACCCACAGACUAAGGAAGCUGCGGACUCCUAGCAAGUGUCGCGAGUGUGACAGCUACGUUUACUUCCAGGGUGCGGAGUGUGAGGAGUGUUUCCUGGCGUGCCACAAGCGCUGUCUGGAGACUCUGGCCAUCCAGUGUGGCCAUAAGAAGCUGCAGGGUCGCCUGCAGCUGUUCGGCAGGGAGUUCUCUCAGAUAGCCAGCUGUGCCAGUGACGGCAUCCCCUUCAUCAUCACCAAAUGCAUCUCAGAGAUAGAGAGACGGGCGAUGAAGAUGAAGGGUAUUUACAGGGUCAAUGGGGUCAAGACCCGUGUGGAGAAGCUUUGUCAGGCAUUUGAGAAUGGAAAGGAGCUUGUUGAGCUGUCCCAGUGUUCACCACACGACAUCAGCAACGUCCUCAAACUUUACCUCAGACAGCUGCCGGAGCCGAUCUUGCCAUUCCAUCUGUACAACAGGCUGAUGGGAUUGGCCAAAGAGAGCCUGCACCUUGAAGGAGAAGCCACUGAGGGGGACGAGUCCAGCGGCAGCAGCACAGCGGUGGUCAGGGGGCCGGAGCUGGUCGAUCAGGGUCCUGACACCAAUCCAGAAAUCCUGGUCCUAGUGGACAAGCUGAAGGAGCUUCUGAAGGAGCUGCCAAAGGCUAACAUUGCUACACUGCGCUACAUUAUUCGCCACCUCCGUAGAAUCGCAGAACUGGAAGACGAUAACAAGAUGAGUCCAAGUAAUUUGGGCAUUGUGUUUGGGCCAUCCUUAAUGCGCCCUCGUCCCACUGGGGCCACAAUAUCCCUGUCCUCUCUGGUUGACUACCCACACCAGGCCCGCAUUGUGGAGACUCUCAUCGUCUUCUAUUCCUCCAUCUUCCAGUACAAAUCAUCUCAGUCCAGCAGAAUGUCUCGCUCUGCUUCUACCGUCACUCAGCAGGGCAGUAUUUCAGAUGGCAGGACUGGAAGCACUCCUGGGAGCGAGCAGGAUGAAGAGGAACAUCUCAAACCAGACUCUGCCAAGAUGGAGGAAGGAUGCGCCUCUUCUUUAGGGUCACUGGGAUCCAGCGAACAGCUUCCGGACUCUGACUCAGAUGAGGGGGGCCAGAGGACCGCACAGUCACAGCAUAAACUUGGCCUGAAGAAGCAGAGUGAAGUGAGCAUGGAUGAUGACGAUGACCGCAUGAGCUACAGGGACAGUCUGGAUCUAUCUAGCCAGUCCGCACCCCACACUGACCAAGAACAAGAUGCAGAUCAGGAGCACUCUGACAGGGCGGAGCCCCCAGUGCUGCCAGACGGCAAGCCUCCGGACGACGGCACCGAAGAGGAGGAUUUGAGCGUCUCCCUUUUUGAACUCAAUGUGAAUCAGUCCAACAAUAACAAGUACCCCCGCGCCCCUGUGUUGACCCUCUCGGGGCUUCCAUUGACGCGUCUGUAUGGGAAGAAACUGUCUCUGACUAGGAGCAUGGAGCCAGAGUUUGUCUGACUAACUGAAGUUUUUAUACUUUUAAGCCAGAAAUUAAAAGCUUUUGCUGUGUACAUCUAAAUCAAAUGUGUAGAUAUUUUUGUCUGUAACAAUGUAGUUAAUUUUUUAUAAUGAUGCUUCAACUGAAAUUAUUUUUGACUUUUUUUAUAUAGCUUUUCUGUCCUUAAUGAAGAAGUUAGCAAGUCAGGGUGUAUCACACAACUGUUGAGGAAAAGCCCUAAAAGUGCUGCUGGCUCCAUUUCAGCAAGAAUCUUGUAGCAUUUCCUUAAAUGUUGCUUGUAUUGCCUUGUUUUGAAUGUUUGGUUUAUUUGAAUAAAAAAAAAAAAUUUGC